AUGAAUACCUGCUGCCUAAGUAUAGGUUAUAUAUUUCUGCUUGACUGCCUGCCUGCAUAUCUAUCUAUCUAUCUAUCUAUCUAUCUAUAUCUAUCUAUCUAUCUAUGCCAGUCUCGUCCUCAUCUACCUAUGCAUUUAUACUACUCGUCAUUAUCUAUCUAUCUAUCUAUCUAUCUAUCUAUCUAUCUAUCUAUCUAUCUAUCUAUGCCAGUCUCGUCAUUAUCUACCUAUGCAUUUAUACUAGUCUCGUCAUUAUCUAUCUAUCUAUCUAUCUAUCUAUCUAUCUAUCUAUCUAUCUAUCUAUGCCAGUUUCGUCAUUAUCUACCUAUGUAUCGAUACAAGCCUCAUCAUUAUCUAUCUAUCUAUCUAUCUAUGCUAGUCUCGUCAUUAUCUAUCUAUCUAUCUAUCUAUCUAUCUAUCUAUCUAUCUAUCUAUCUAUCUAUCUAUCUGAGUGAAGAGGCUUAUUUGUUUUUCUGUUUCUUUUUGCUUCUUUUAUUUUCUUCUAUGUUUUUCUCCAUUUAUUUAUUCCCGAGUUAUUUUAAAUUUUUUGCUUCUUUCUCCAUUUUUGCCGUUGACACAUUUGGCACCGAAUCUCCAUUCUAA